AUGGGGCCCCCGGGCAAUAGGAGAUCAUGGGGCCCCUGUGUCCUCAACCACACUCAAACCACACCCAAAAAAAAGCCUAUGAAAGGUACCAGGGGCAUUUUAUGGGGCCCCCUAUUGACCCGGGCCCUCGGGCAGUGCCCGAGUUUCCAAAUGGUCAGUCUGCCCCUGGUUCUAAUUUACAUAAUUUGAAUUACUUUGGUAUCAUGAGGUCUUAGACAGGUGUUAGUUGUUGGAGUUACAUGGUUGAUUGUGAAUCU